CAAACCCUCUUCCUUCUUCUCUAACAGCAUUACCUGUGUCCCCAAGCACAACAAUGACAUCCAUGGCCAGAGAUGAAUCCGACUACGAUAGCAGCUCCUCCUCCAUAACCGUCCCAGACUCCAGCCGGAGCUGGAUGAGCAACCUCAGCUUCAGCAGCUCACUGUCUCUGGCUGAAACCACCAACAAGCCACACAAAGCAAACCAAGCCGCGUGGGAGGCCAUCAAGCGACUCCGCUUAGCCAGAGGCCAUCUCGGCCUCGACCAUUUUCGGCUCAUUCGCCGUCUAGGAAGCGGAGACAUAGGAAACGUCUAUCUUUGCCAGAUAAGGAACCAAAUGGUGGGGUUGCCUCAGUGCUUCUACGCCAUGAAAGUUGUGGACAGAGAGGCUCUCGCUGUGAGCAAGAAGCUUCAGAGAGCUGCGAUGGAGAAGGAGAUUCUUGGUAUGCUAGACCACCCUUUUCUUCCCACUUUGUAUGCCGAGUUUGAUGCUUCUCACUACUCUUGCUUGGUUAUGGAGUAUUGUCCUGGUGGUGACUUGUACGCCGCUCGUCAGCGCCAGCCUGGCAAGCGUUUCAGUAUCCCUUCUGCUAAGUUUUAUGCUGCGGAGACGUUAUUAGCAUUAGAGUAUCUUCACAUGAUGGGGAUUGUUUAUAGAGACCUUAAGCCAGAGAAUGUGUUGGUUAGAGAAGAUGGGCACAUCAUGCUUACAGAUUUUGAUCUCUCUUUCAAAUGCGACGUCGUUCCGAAGCUACUAAGGUCGAGAACCAGGAUGGAUGAAGCCAUCAUUAGUGACAUUAAGCAUACCAUGAUCAAGUGUUCAACUCCUUCUUGUGCUGGCUAUACUACUCCCAUGCAGCCUGUUCUCUCUUGUUUCUCGGCCAAGAAAAAGAGAACCACAAUCACUACAACAAUCACGGAACAUGCUGAUCAUGAUGAUGAUUAUGAUCCAGAAUUAGUGGCGGAACCCAUCAAUGCAAAAUCAAAGUCAUUCGUUGGGACCCACGAGUACUUAGCACCGGAGGUGAUUUCGGGACAAGGCCAUGGGAGCGCAGUGGAUUGGUGGACUUUUGGUGUGUUCUUGUAUGAAAUGUUGUACGGAAGGACACCAUUCAAAGGUGAGAACAAUGAGAAAACGCUAAUUAACAUCCUCAAGAAACCAUUGACCUUCCAAAGAAUACCAUCAUCAAGUUUUAGCAGCAGCAGAGAAGUUGAAGAGAUGGUCAAAGUUCAAGACCUUAUAAGCAAGCUUUUGGUGAAGAAUCCAAAGAAGCGGAUUGGAAGCUUAAAGGGUUCAGUUGAGAUCAAGAGGCAUGACUUUUUCAGAGGAGUGAAUUGGGCUUUGAUUAGGUCAGUUAGACCUCCUGAGGUACCCAAAAAUGGUAGUCUUUGCAAGAUCAAUAGAGCUAAUUACAUUCCCAAGCUAAGCAAGAAAGAGAGAGAGGAGCCUUAUCAAAUCCCUUACUAUUUCGAUUACUUCUAAUGUAUUACUAAUUUUUUCAUGUAAAUAUAGUUUAUAUGCAAACAAAAGUUGUGUGUUUUCUAUGGGUUUUCGAUGAUUCUAAAUUCUA